UAACACACAGCACAGGUUUAAAUGAGUUGCAGAAAGCUAAACUGAAAGACAGCAGCUGAGUCUGACCGUUCCAGAUCAUUAUGAUUUGGAAGUUGAUUCAUUUCAGUGCUCUGCUUCUUGGAGUGCUCACAUCUCUGACUCUAUCUUCGCCCCCCACCACUCUGGCAGGACACUGUCACAUCUACAACUCUGACCGCUCUGCAGACUGUUUGGGACGACAGCUCAGCAGUGUUCCAUGGAGACAGUUUCCAUCCACACUGGAAUACAUAGAUCUCUCCUUUAAUAAACUUCAAGCUGUCCAUGCUAAUGACUUCCGCCGCUUCCCUCAGCUUCGUAACCUUCAGCUGUCAUUCAAUAACAUUUCACACAUUGACAACGAUGCAUUUAAAAACAACCCGUUCCUCGAGCAUCUUGACAUUUUUAAUAACUCCCUGCAGGAAAUUCCUGCCACAGCUCUGACUCCUCUUGUGAAUCUAAAACGGCUCUUCAUGUCCAAUAACCUCUACAAGCAUGCCACUUUGGCUGACAGCUUCUCCAAAUUUGUCAACCUUCAGGUUCUUUCUAUGGGUGGCCCUCUGGUCAUGGGCCUAAAGAAAGGAGACUUUCAGCCCCUGAAGAAAAUCAGGUUACAAGGUUUUGCUAUCAAAUGCUCCUCCAAUUUAAGUUAUUAUGAGCCUGGAAGUUUAGAAGUAAUUCAGACAUUGCAGAUGGGCUUUGAUAUGGCCAUAGAUCAGCAGCCAAAUGCUCUCCCUCACAUGUUACGUGAUCUUGCCAACAAGACCUACAGCGUCAUCCAGUUCCGCAACCUAUUUGAGUUCACAUAUUACACAGGAAAUAAAGACAUUUUCCAGGGUUUAAAAGACAUCACAGCAUAUCAGCUCAUCUUUCACAGAGGUAAAUUCAAUGAAAAUUUCCUUAGGAUGGCUUUGCUGAACUUAGAAGUCACCCCUAUCAAAAGGCUGAGACUUCAGUACAUCGACUUUGCUCGUUCACCCACAUUUGUUGAUAGUGGAGCAGGUUCUAGUAUCACAAACUUGGCACUGGAUAAGUUAGAUCUUUGGUAUAUCAGCAACCCUGAUGUGCUGCGAUUUGACUGGCGCUUCACGUGGCUCAACAAAAUUAAGGAACUCUCUAUUCAAAACAUGUACUUCAACACUGUGCCUUGUGAUGCCUGGGUAGAGAUGAGAGGUGUGGAGUCUCUGGGUGUCUCCAGUAAUCGCCUACAGAAUGAGUUCAUUUUCAACCAGCUCUGUGAUUAUAAGGGCACCAUGCCAAAUCUUCAUACCCUCAACUUUAGCACAAAUGACCUGACCAGCUUAAAAGUUUUAUCAUCCCUAACAAGGGAGUUCCAGCAGCUGCAGGUUUUGGAUAUUAGCAACAACAAACUGGGAAAUGCUGAAAAUAGUCAGGACUGUGUCUGGCAACAAAAUAUCACUUGGGUGAUUGCUCACCACAAUCGGUUUGUAAGUGAAGCCCUCCAUUGUCUACCCACCACAGUGCGCUACUUGGACCUGUCCUAUUGUGGCCUAGACCAGCUGGACAUGGCAUACUUUGAGAAAGCCACCAACCUGGAAGAGCUCCUGCUGAGUGGCAAUAAGAUCAAGUUCAUCCCAUCUAAGUGGAAAAGUCCAUCACUGCAGUCACUGGCCUUGGACGGGAAUUCGUUUGGUCUCAUUAGCAAGGCAUCCUUCCAGGACAUGCCUCUAAUGUCUCGCCUGAAGGCAGGAAACAAUCCUUACCAUUGCACUUGUGAGCUCUAUGCUUUUGUCAAGGAUACAACUUCAAAAGGAAAGGUUAACCUCACAGACUGGCCAUGGAAUUACAAAUGUUACCACCCAGAGGCCUUUCUCAACACAGCUCUAUCCAAAUACUUGCCAAAUGAAGUGGCCUGUGAUAUCAGACUAGUUAUUGUCAUCUGUGUUGCAACCACUACAGCGGUGAUCUUGAUAUUAGUGCUCAUUUGCUAUAUUUUUGACCUCCCAUGGUACACCAAAGCCACAUACCAGAUCAUCAGGGCCAAAUACAGAGCUCACAAAGAAAAGGCGACAGGUGAAUUGACAACAUUUACCUAUCAUGCCUUCAUAUCCUACAGCCACUCUGAUGCGGACUGGGUGAGGGAUCAACUCUUGCCCUGUCUUGAGAACGACAGGAACCCCUAUCGUCUGUGUAUUCACGAGAGGGAUUUCAUGCCCGGAAAGUGGAUCAUUGACAACAUCAUUGAAAACAUUGAAAGCAGUCGUAAGGUAAUAUUUAUCCUCUCUCGGCACUUCGUUGACAGUGAAUGGUGCAACUAUGAGCUGUACUUCACUCAGCAGAGAGCAAUGGGGAAGGUCUUCAGUGACGUUAUCCUAGUGGUGAAGGAGCCCAUUGAUCCCAGCUCCCUGCCCAGCAAGUACUGCAAGCUUAAGAAGAUGCUGAGUACCAAGACAUACCUGGAGUGGCCCCAGCAGGCCAACCAGCAGGUGUUUUUCUGGGAGCAGCUGAAGAGUGUUCUGGGUAAGCCAACAAUGACCCGAGAGGGGGCAAACAGUGAUUCUGGGAAUGGGUUCCCUAAUGAGGAUGGGAUGCAAGAAGUAGCACCAUCUAAUGAGGACCAAAAAGCAGAACCCCAAAACAAUAUGACUAUGAGAACUAACAGUGACCUGUCAAAUCUGAGACGAAUCCCUCUGGAGGUAGUUUGACCAAAAGGUGGCAAAAAAUAAAUAAAUAAAGACUGAAUGUUUACAUUCCUUUUGUCAGUGAAGACCUGAACACAAGCACGCACACACUUCUGUGUGUGUGGUAUGCCAAGCUGGGAACAAAAGCCAGAGUCUCAUUAUGAUGACCAACAGUAAAACGAUCCCUCCCUAGCCACAGCACUCGGUUGUGUUAUCCCUGAGGCCGAGCUGAUGCGGCCUGCUGUGUUUUCCCUCUGAGCCCUGCUGACAGGUGCUGAAAGGCCACAAACCUAGUGGCUCAAAUAAGAUCUCCCAUGUUGCACACUCUGGAUAACAAGCAAGGUGCCAGGGACAUGUGGUGACAGGUGCCACAUUGUCAAAGGACUGUACUCUGUUACACUGUUGGCCCUUAGCAGUAUGAGAACCUAAAGGUGCCAACUCUGAUGCCCCACAGCCAAGUCAAAGGCUACGCAGGCCAUAAUACCAAUAUUUUAUUGGCUAAUUGCUAAGCUUGACACUAUAAGGUUACACCAUUUGUUAAAAAACAGCCGAUAUUUCAAACCACCAGUCAAGUUAAUUUGUCAAGAAAACAUUUGUGCUCACAUCUCCAUAAUUUGAUUUGAUUUGAUUUAUUCUUUCAAGCAUGUAAAAACAGUUGAUAU